UUGCUUACGAAGCUUAUGACGGGGUGUCAGACUCCUUUUCAGAGAGCAGCAAAAAUAAUUUUCGAAAGUAGGCCUAACUUGUAAAAAAAGUUGUAUGACUUGAUGGGUCUUUUUUAACGAAUAGUCAGCUUUUUGUCGACGUCCUGAAGGAGGUAUAUUUAAACAGUAUGGGAGACAAAGCUACAGUUGAUUUAAGUGGUUGUAGUAAUGGCCUGUGGCUCGUGAAGGUCCCAAAAUACAUAGCAGAGCGAUGGGAACAUUCUGAUAAUUCAGGAGAGAUUGGCAAGAUUAACGUUGGACAGCGAUUUGGCAAGCCAGACAUCCACUUCUCCAUGAAGUCGGAGCUAGCCACCAUGAAGCUGAAGGAAGGGGACGUAGAUUUGCCCACUGAGAACAAGUUCCAGGUCCUCAGCGCAUCCGACAGGACCCUCAUGGUGUUUUCCGAGGAGGUUGAAAAUGAUUUGGCAAUAGAGGGCAAAGUGGCGUCGCGGCUGGAGUGCAGACCGCUGGCCGACGACCGCUACAUGCAGAUGAAGAGGAAGCACAUCGAGAACGCCCACAAACCUACCAGGAUGACAAAGCUGGAAGAGAAAGUGGUGCACUCGUUCAAACCCAUCAUGAACCACUCCCACAAUGUCGAGUACGAGAGACGGAAGAAGGAGGAAGGGAAGAAGGAGCUGGACAAGAACAAAGUCCAGGACCUCCUGUUCAGCGCCUUCGAGAAACACCAGUACUACGCCUUCAAGGACCUGGUGCGGAUCACGCAACAGCCCACGCCUUACCUCAAGGAAAUCCUGAAGGAAAUUGGCAUCUACAACAUGAGGGCGCCGCACAAACAAAUGUGGGAGCUCAAGCCGGAGUACAGGCACUACGCCGAGGCUGAAGACAAAGAAGGCACUACGUAGUAGUCUGGUGCCUUGCUCACCCAAGAACACUCAUGUGACAAGCCGCCAUUUCAGGAGGCUUGUCUGAUUUAGACACUUUUUAGAUAUGUACCUCCGAAGAAUUCUGCAAGCAGGCAUCCCUGAUCUGUUGACUCAGGAGUGAUGAAUCUUGGGCAUUUCUGCCAUCCUAGAAGGAUAUGAAUUGAUUCAGAUGUGACCUGAGGUCAUUCAGCUGGUAUGUCAUCGAAAACAUCAUACACUGUCCGGAAGAGUAACCAUAUGUGCACUAGCUAAUGGCAUAGCCAUUUCUUGCUAUGGAACCUACGGUGUGGAAAAGUUUUGAGGUCACUGUGUAGCCUCCUCUCAAGACGAAACUGUGGACAAACUGGUGGCAUGCAAGCAUUCCAAUCUGAACCACAUCGCCAUGCUUGUGCACCUUCUUAAAGAUAUUUACGAUCACUUAUUAUUUUGCUGAAAUUAAGCGAUGUAGCCCAGUCCGUAGGCUUAACCUAUGAGGAAUGCUGUUGUCGCUGCUCUCUUCAAUAGUUCAUGACGUGAUGUUAGAGUGGGUGGAUUGACUUGUCAUGGCAGUGUGACAACGUGCCGUGGAAUUUAAAUAAUGAUUUCAGUUUGUGAGUUAUCGGAAGACUUGAAGUGAAGAAGCACACAAGGGACCUUAAGUCUGCAAACCAUUUAAUAUUGUUGGUGUUUGGAGUUAGAACCAACUCCACACCCGAAAAUACAUUUUGUCAUUAAAUCAAACACGCCAGUCUCUUGGUGAGAAAAAGUGACCAAUUUGAUGGAUAACGUUGUCACCCCUCGGUGUUCUGUGAGGCCCUCACAACAUGUGGAAGAAAUGGAAUAUUGUGUGUGGAGAUGGCACUUUGCCCCCUUGGAAAGAGAAAAAUUCAGGAAGAUGCAGUCGAGAGAUUCUUGGCCAGUGGGCACGAUGGAAAGUUAAUGUUGUACAGGAGCCCUCUUGAGGUUUAGGAAUACCCUUCACGGUGCUUGGAUUGUGGGAAGUAUCAAGGAUGCCUGUUUUUACGCUUUGUCAAGGCCCAAACAUGGUCCAUGUAUCUUUAGGCUUCUGUGGACUUAUUUUCAGGCUCUUUACAGGACGUCGACUGUCAUCCCUGAAAUGUGCCUCGUUGGCCGAGAAUCAUUUUUGAUAGAGAUCUGUCGGGGUAAUAGCAGUAAGCUUUUUUGUGUGCAACUUUUAGAAGGUGCUCUAAAUGGGCUAGUCACAUUGGCAAUGUUUUCCCAAUGAUCAUAAAUUCGCGUGUUUUGAUAUCGGUGCCAAACAAGAUUCGACAUGUACAUUAAUAAGCAGGAAGACUGUACUUGGAGAGAAACAGCAGAGCAGUUGGAUGCAGCCAGAAGUUCAAAGUCUGUAAAUAUAUUUGCAAAGUGGUGAUGAGUUUGACCAGAUUUGUUGGAUGGUUGUGUUCUUUAUUUAUUCAGAAAUCAAGCAACUCAAUGACUUGUCCACAUACAAACAAGAUAUAGUUGAUUCAUUCUGGGAUAUCCCCCAAAAGCCAAUUACACAGGCUUAUUUUCAUUGGCGUCCCAUCAUACCUCAAUAAAUGUACAGGAUUACAAAUGUACACGACAACAAAGACCAAUAAAUCAACAAUUGUUUCUCAAGAUGGAGCUCAAAAGAAAGAUAAACGUGCCAGAGCUGCAUUACCGAUGCUGUUGAGCUGCCACCACCAUUUCUUAGAUUUGUUCGAUCUUUACAAAUUUUUAAGAAGAAACUUUGACUAAAACCAAGUAGUUAUAAUCCUUACCAUUAGAUAGAAAACAAAGAUAGGGUGAUGGCCAGUUGGCCACACAAAUAAAAAAGGAUUAGAAGUGAA